AUGAAAGAAUGGGUGCUACCAGCUCUGUAUGGGUAUAAUGAUAUUGGGAUGUCUUCUGGGAAUCAAUAUUGGAAAAGAUUAUGGAAUAUAAAAGCUCCUUCCAAAAUGUUACAUCUAUUGUGGCGUAUGUCUAAGGGUUUUGUUCCAACUAGAUAUAUAUUGUUUAGACACCUUCUUUUGCAAAGUGGGGUAUGUUUUCGUUGCGGCGAGGAAGAUGAAACCCCACUGCAUGCUAUUUGGUCUUGUGGUGCUAGUAAAAAUGUGUGGCAGCAGGUAUGCUUCUAUAAUCUCAUUAAUCAUUCUUCAUUUGGCUCGUUUCAAGAUUGGAUGGACUUUGCAUGGUCUAAGCUUGGUAUGGGAGACAUGAUUCUAUUGGUGGUAAUUUGUUGGUUUCUUUGGUAUGAACGUAACCAAACUUUUCAUGGGUCUGCUCCCACUCCUCCUCAUAUUCUUUUACAACGGGCCAUUUUCUGUUGGGAGGAUAUCAAAGCUUCUAACGCUAGUCAUGAUAUAGCCUCGGUCACAAAUAGAAGUGCACAGGGCAUUUGGCAACCACCACCGAUGGAGUAUUACAAACUUAAUGCGGAUGGUAAUGCCAAGCGGGGAGUAGGUGGUGUGGUUCGUAAUCAUGAGGGGGUCCUAAUGGGAGCAGUUGCCAAGCAAGAGGCAUGUGAUAUCUCGGUCUUGGCAACUGAGCUCUUUGCUAUCAAAACAGGUUUGGAAUUUGCUCUAGAUUGCUCUUUCUUCCCUCUGAUCGUUGAGUCUGAUUGUCUAGAAGUUGUAUCUCUAGUAAACAUGGAAGAGGAUUGUUCUGCCGCCGAUGGUGUUAUCGUCUCUGAGAUUAAGAGUCUCCUUAGGCAACUUAAUGUUUCUGAAGUUUUCUAUCGAUCGCGUGAGUGCAGUAAGGUGGCUCACUCGAUUGCCAAGUUCAUCGUCCGGAAUAGUGGGUGUCACCUUUUGGUUAGAGGAAGGGCCUUCUUGGCUCAUGGAUUGUAUUGA